AUGGUGAAAUGUGGCGACUUUGAACCAUUUUCCGUAGAUGAUGCACCCGGUGCUUUCAACUCUCUCGAUAAAUCAUUUCGGAUUGAGCGCUCAAAAAUGUUUUUAUACAAGACGGGAAUGACUCGACUCG